GGACAGACCCACACAAGCAGCAUUCCUUUACAUACUCUGAAGUUACCUUCAAACAGCCAAGCGACGCAUGCCUUAGCUUGAGAGCAAGCUCGAGCGCGCAGAAAAGAAGACGCAGGAGCGCAGAAUAGAAAGUAAUAUCAGCAACUUCGUAAGCUAGCGGUUCAAAGGUCCUGAAAAGUGACAAUAAUAAUAAGCAUCUGAAGACUUGAACCAAGAGAUAAAUAAACAGAAAGCAGUAGUGCACUGGAGAGGUUACAGAAACAAGUGAUGAUGAAAGAAAAGAGUACGAAAGGUUGAUUGACAACCGCGAUUAAGGUGCACCAAAACAUUGUAGCAGUGGGAAUUCAAUGCUGCUUUAUUUUCCGCGAAUUGACUCGUUCCCGAAGAGAGUUGAGGAAGAAAUGAGAAAAAGAGAUGAGAAGCAAUCAGAAAAGAGAGACUAUAACACGAGGAACAAAUAAACAGCGAGUGAAAAAGAGGCGAGUAGAAGACAACUGAUAGGGUAGUGCUGCUGAGAAAGUUGGGGGACUGAAGAGUCGUCAGAUAGAAGCGCUGUUUUACUAUGGGGCUCCUGAUUCAAGCGCUUCGGUUGCUGGGCGUCUGCAUGUCGAUCCAGGUGCUGUCAGUUUUUUGUUCCUGCAGUGUGUAGCCAUAUGAGGACAAGAGCCCAUGCAGAGGAGAGACUUCUGAAGACCCUCUUCACUGCUUAUAACAAGCUGUCCCGGCCUGUAGCCAACAUCUCUGAUGUAGUGCUGGUCCGCUUCGGGCUGUCCAUUGCCCAGCUCAUUGAUGUAGAUGAAAAGAACCAGAUGAUGACCACCAAUGUCUGGGUGAAGCAGGAAUGGCAUGAUUACAAACUCCAAUGGAACCCUCUUGAAUAUGAAAACGUGACUUCAAUUCGAAUUCCAUCAGAGCUUAUCUGGAGACCAGAUAUUGUCCUUUACAAUAAUGCCGACGGGGACUUUGCAGUGACUCACCUCACCAAAGCUCAUCUUUUUCACGAUGGCAGAAUCAAAUGGAUGCCCCCGGCUAUCUACAAGAGCUCCUGCAGCAUUGACGUCACCUUUUUCCCUUUCGAUCAGCAGAACUGUACCAUGAAGUUUGGCUCCUGGACUUACGACAAAGCUAAAAUAGACCUGAUCAGCAUGGCAAACAACGUGGACCAAUUGGAUUUUUGGGAGAGUGGGGAAUGGGUCAUCAUCAACGCAGUCGGGACGUACAACAUAAAGAAAUACGAAUGCUGCGCGGAAAUCUACCCCGACAUUACAUACUCCUUCAUUAUCAGGAGGCUUCCUCUGUUUUACACUAUCAACUUGAUCAUCCCUUGCCUUCUAAUCUCCUGCCUGACCGUGUUGGUCUUUUAUCUCCCUUCUGAGUGUGGGGAAAAGAUCACCCUUUGUAUUUCAGUGCUUCUAUCAUUGACUGUGUUCCUCUUACUAAUUACAGAGAUAAUUCCUUCCACGUCCCUUGUAAUUCCCUUGAUCGGAGAGUACUUGCUGUUCACUAUGAUAUUUGUAACACUCUCAAUUAUUAUCACCGUCUUUGUCCUGAAUGUUCAUCACCGCUCGCCCCGUACCCAUACGAUGCCAGACUGGGUACGGAGGAUAUUCCUAGAUGUCAUCCCCCGACUCUUGUUUAUGAAAAGACCUGCACUGGUAAAGGAGAACUGUAAAAAACUAAUUGAGUCACUGCAUAAGAAAGCAAGCUCACCUACAUUCUGGUCUGAGAUUGGGGUUGAUCAGAAACUCCCGACCACGCCUCUGGAGAGCCAAGAGAGUACCGAUCCCUCCCCUACUUCUCCAUUGUGCCAUCCGUUAGAGGAUACACCACCUAAACCCCAAAUCCUCUGUAAGUCAUCCUCAAGCCAAUACUCUAUUCUUCUCGAGGAACCUGGUCAAACAAGCCGUUCUCCCCCUCCAGCCUUGCAUCACCAUCUAAGCUUUGAUGAGCCGCGUACUAUCCCCAAGGGCAGAUCAUUCAGUGUCCAGUACACAAGUGGUGAAAGUGAGCUCCCUCAAACCACGACUCGAUGCAGAUCCAGAAGCAUCCAGUACUGCUGCCUGCAUGAGGAGUCCUCCCAAACCAAUGGUCAUUCCAGCAGUAAGUGCAGCCGGUCGCCAUCAUUCCAGCUUCCUCACCUCAAGGAGGAACCAUUCACUCCCAAUCCAAGCCAAUGGAAAUGCAAAAAGGUCCCAGAGACAGCAACUGCAUCUGACAGGGUUUCAAAGGUCUUCAAUGCCAAGGAGCAACAUCUUCUGUUGAUGUCCCCUUCCAUGAAGCAAGCCAUUGAGGGGGUGCAGUAUGUUGCAGACCAUCUGAGGGCAGAAGAUGCUAACUUUUCUGUAAAGGAAGACUGGAAGUAUGUGGCUAUGGUGAUUGACAGGAUCUUUCUCUGGGUGUUUAUAAUAGUUUGCAUUUUAGGGACUGUUGGACUCUUCCUUCCUCCAUGGCUGGCAGGAAUGAUCUAGCAGAGAGAGAGAGAGAGAGAGAGAGAGAGAGAGAGAGAGAGAGAGAGAGAGAGAGAGAGAGAGAAUAUUUUCAGAUGUAUUUUCAAGGAUGCAAUGUUCUGCAGGGCUAUAGGAAACUUUAAGGGUGGAGGUUACAGAAAGAAAAAAGAAUGCCAGAGGAGAUAUUUUUGGAUUCCAAACAAUGUGUAAAUGUUUGUGAGAUUGUAAUAGAACAUGUAUAAUAUGCCAUGUGUUACUUAGCUCUCUAUAUUGUAUGUCAAAAUGUAUCGGUUAUAUCUAUAUGAAAAAAAAAACCAGACAAGACAAUAAUACUAUCAAUUCUGAUUUAACAAAACAUUAUGGACACUGAUCUUUAGCUAAUCUGUAUUGGCUAAUCUAGAUUCAUGUCAGCAGCUCCAAAAUAAUAGAAUUGCUACUUAUAUGUACUGAAGUUCUAAAUGCAGUACUCUGGCAAUGCUUUUAUGAAAAAUAUAUAUAUA